AUGAAAGUAUUGUUAUUUAUUUUGAGUAUACCCACUACUUUUGGAUCAAAUAUCCUAAUGAUAGAUGAAAUUUUAUCCCCAAGUCAUCAAAUAUGGAAUUAUGUAUUGGUUGAAGCACUUCUAGACAAAGGGCACCAUGUUACUCUCAUCGGACCAAAAACGAUAGAUAUUAUUUUACACACUAAUUUUACCAUGUAUGAAUUGGAAGACUUACAUGAAGCUGUCGAGGAAAUAAUGGACCCCAAUGAAAUUCAACAGUAUGGUAUCUAUGGAAACAUUAAAUUACUCUACGAGUACACUGACAAUACUUGCUUUCAUAUUGCACAAUCACCGGCCAUAAAAAAACUGUUACAAGAAAAUAGAAAUACCAGAUUUGAUCUUAUUAUUAUUGAUAUGUCGUUAGGAGGUUGUCUUUUGCCCUUGUUAGAAAAGUUUAAUUUUCCUCCAAGUAUUGCAGUGUGUCCUUUCCUGUUAUUACCAUAUUUAUCAGAGCUUUUUGGAAACACCGUACAUCCAGCAUUUGUUCCACAUAUGUUUUCUAAGUUCAGCUCCAAAAUGAGCUACUUCGAAAGAAUACAAAACUAUGUCUACACAUAUGGAGAAAUAUAUUUGUGGUCCCGAAUAUACCAGUCCAGGCGCACUGAAAUUGCCAAAAUGGCUUUUGGAGAAGAUAUAGCUCCCACUGAAAAAUUGGAGAGACAUUUAUCGCUUGUACUUACCAAUAUUAUAAUGGGUUUUAAUUAUGCGAGACCUUUAACGCCAAACAUUAUUCCUGUUGGGGGACUACAUAUUCGGCCUGCUAGAAAACUACCGAACGAUAUUGAACAAAUUAUAACGAGAUCCAAGCAUGGAGUUAUAUUGUUUGGUUUUGGAACAAACAUAAGAACAGCUGAUCUCAAUGCAGACAGGGUGCAAGCAAUUCUAAGGGCGUUAUCUAGACUGAAUGAAACAGUAUUAUGGAAAUUUGAUAGUGAGAUUAAAGACGUACCAAAAAAUGUUAUUUUAAGAAAAUGGUUACCACAAAGUGAUAUACUAGCGCAUUCAAAAACAAAACUGUUUAUUAGCCACUGCGGUGCUCUUAGCACAAUUGAAGCCGUUUAUCGUGGAGUUCCUAUAGUAGCUGUGCCAUUUAUAGUAGACCAACAUCUACUAGCUGAACAAAUGAGGGUGCAAAAAUGGGCAACUGUAGUAGAUUUUAAAACAAUCACUGAGGAUAGUUUUUUUGACGCCAUUUAUGAAGUGCUUCAUAAUCCAGAGUACCUUAAAAACAUACAAAAAUUAUCAAGGAUAGUUAGAGAUCAAAAGGAAACCCCUCUUGAACGCGCUCUUUUCUGGAUAGAAUACACAAUGAGACACAAUGGCACUCAUCACUUGGAUCCAGAGUCAAGAAAUUUGUCGCUCUUCGUACAGUCCUCACUAGAUGUUAAAUUAUUUCUGAUUUUUAUAGUGUUUAUAUUUUUAGCAUUAACUGUUACUGUUCUUUUGUAUUUUAAAACAGUUUUACCCAGUUAUCUAAGUAACAAAAUAUACAAAAUAAAAUCCAGUUAA